CGGAGAAUAAUGUCAACUAGUUUCAUCAUCCUGUUUGUUGUACUUACAUGCUUCACAGAAUGGUCACUUGAGACAGUGGUAAAUACUACUGAGUCUCACACCAAUUCGACUGAAUCACAAUCCACUCUGUUGCAGGCAACACUGCAAUCAUCAGACUGUUUACGGUUGUUUGCUUCACUUUUUGGACGAUAUUAUUGGGUUGAUUUUUGCGACAGUAAUAGUUAUAUUGAUCCAUAUUUUAUGUAUUAUACAAAUAUGAUUUGUUCACACCGCAGUUAUUUGAUGACGAGAUACUGGAUCGUGUAUUCGCGACACGGAUUACGCGGUCAUUAUAUUAUAAUUCCACCUGGUGUAUGUGUUAGUGAUUUAAGGGAAAGUGGAUUUUGGUCAGUGGGUUCUGCACUUAAAUGCGUAAAACUAAUGGAAGACAAUCAUCAUUUUUACUGUCACAGUCCGCAAAUAACAUGGAUGCCGAUUCAUCAAUCUCCAUUCGGACCACCACCGUUACCCGAUCCAUUAGAUGAUAACCAGCAGAUUGAUCAGCGUGAUCAACCAAAUAAUAAUACGACAACUGAAGUGCCUUUAGAUUAGAAUAUUUAUUAUAAAAACCUUUCACCGUUAUACAACUUUUUAAUAAACAGUUUAGUAUGUAAUAAUCAAAAUAUAUUUUGUAAUUGUAAUGACUUUGAUGGUGAUAUUUGUGGAAAAUAUAUAUUUACCUAGUCCAA